AUGGCACGUCCAAACAAAAGAAAGACGCAAUUUAAAGCUGCUAGAGCCAAGAAGCAUACAAAGAAAUUGUAUGCAUUUGAACCAAAUAACAUGUUAGAUUAUGAAAAUCUUGAUGACCAUAUUUGGUCAAAUCAUGAAAUUGAUGAAAGAGUUUCUGAUUACUUUGCUGUUUUAUUAAUGGCUAGUAAAAAUAAAAAUAUCUGGAAACCUUUGGGUAGGUCUUCAACUUACAUUGAAGGUUUCAAAAGAACCCGAAGACGUAAAAAAGCGGAGCUAAGGAAGGCUGCACAAAAUACCCGGUCAAUCACUACUUACUUAGCUCCUGCCUUAACGACUUCUACUUUCGAAUCAUCUACGGAAUCAAUAAAGAUGGAAUCAAUCAAGGUGGAAUCAAUAGGGGUGGAAUCAGCAGAAAUGGAAUUGAUAGAAGUAGAAUCAACAGCAGAUUUAUCUGCAGAAAUUGAUCUUGAUGAGAGAAUGAAAAUGAGGUUGGCAAUUGAGGAGUUGAAGAGGACAUUAAAAAAAGAUGACAAUCAAAUGGAUAAAGGUGCUCAAAAUUGGAUAAAAUGGCAAAAACUUCCAAAAGAGAACCGUGGUAAAUUCACAAAGGUAUCAAGCCUUCUUGAUGAUGAGAGAAUAUCCAUGAAG